AUGCGAGAUAACAAGUUAUAUACAAACUUGAAGAAGUGUGUAUUCUGUGCACCGGAGAUUCCGGUGCUGGGCUGCUACGUGAGUAAAUCGGGUGUUCGAGCCGAUCCAGAGAAGGUGUCGUCAAUCUGUUCUUGGCCCACACCCAAGAGCCCUACGGAGUUACGUCAAUGGCUCGGUCUAGCUAAUUACUUGCAUAAGUACACAAAGGAUUACGCCGGUUCUAUACAGCCCCUGUCGUCACUUCUGAAGAAAGACGCCACGUGGUCGUGGCGUCCCGAACAUCAAGCAGCCUUUGACGCAGUGAAGAAGAGCCUGGCGUCGGCGCCAGUGUUGAUACUCCCUGACGACACCAAGCCGUUUCACGUGGUGUGUGAUGCAAGUGACUUUGCAAUUGGUUGCGCCCUCAUGCAGUUCGAUCAUGAGGGCCGUGAACGAGUCGUGAGCUACCAGUCACGCCAGAUGAAGCCGGCAGAGAAGAACUUUUCGGUUCACGAUAAGGAACUGCUAGCGAUGCGCUAUGCACUCAUCAAGUUUCGUGUCCACCUACUGGGCGAACGCACGUUCGCCCUGUAUACUGAUCACGCAUCGCUGCGAACAGCAAUGAAGAGCCCACACCUGUCACAGCGGAUGGCACGGUGGCUCUCUUUCUUCUCUGAGUACAACUUCGUCGUGCACUACAAGCCAGGCAAGACCGACAUUCUUGCUGACGCACUGUCACGACGCCCAGAUUACGAUCCUCGUAUGGCACUGAGUCGUCAGGCAACUGAAGACGAAGAUGAAGACGAUCGAUGUGCGACGUGUGUGUCGUUGAAUCUAACUCGGGUCACACCCGAGUUAUGCCUUUUCGAUGAAAUUGUCGCGGCUUACGCGAACGACCCGGAUUACGCGGACAUUAUCGCCUAUCUGCGCGCUCCCAGUGAGGCUGCACUGGGAACUCUUUCGCGAACGAAGCGUGAUCACAUUCAACGAUACAGUAUGGACGGUGAUUUGCUGUUAUAUAGCAUCGACAAAUUCGAUGCACCUCGAACGGUGAUUGCGAAUGACUUGGAUUUGCGUGCUCGUUUCAUCCACGAGUACCAUGAUGCCCCAAUUGGCGGUCAUCUGGGCCGCGAAAAGACAUUCGCGGCUGUCUCGCGUGACUUCUUCUGGUCCCACAUGUACAAAUGGGUUCGCAACUGGGUUCGCACCUGCGAAAUAUGUCAGCGCGUGAAGCCAUCUCCAUCGUCGCAGGCAUCCCUGCGACCCCUGCCAAUUGCAGCUGAGGCUUGGAGCUCAGUCUCAAUGGAUUUUAUCUUAGGGCUUGCACCAGAUGGCCAAGACCGAACGGGUAUUCUGGUCUUUGUCGACAGAUUCAGCAAGAUGACACAUCUGGUGCCUGUUCAUGCAACGAUCACCGCGGCUGAGACCGCGGUGCACUUCAUUGACACUGUGUUUCGCCAUCACGGUCUACCAGACAACAUUGUCUCGGACCGUGAUCCUCGUUUUACAUCUGCUUUUUGGACGUCAUUGUUCGAGUUGCUUGGCACAAAGCUGCAAAUGUCGACAGCAGCCCAUCCGGAAACGGAUGGGCAAACAGAGCGAGUGAAUCGGGUCCUCGAAGAUGUUCUUCGAAGUUACGAACCGUCCUUUACAAGUUGGAGUGCGUUUUUGCCACUCGCCAAGUUUGCACUAAACAACGCGGUUCACGCGUCAACGGAAUUGACGCCAUUUUUUGCAAAUUCGGCCCGUCAUCCUCGUGUACCUACUCUUCUUGCCGUGGGUCAGCCCACGGCUCUUCGUGGCUCCACUCUGGCGGGGGGGUGA